UGUACGCAUUCGAUAUCUUUUAACUUGUGAAGUCAGUUUAGCCAGAGAAGGUUGUAAAAUAUAGCUGCACAGAAUCCAUAAAAUUACUUUAACGAUUGUGAAAUGUUUCAAUUGUGUACUGCUUCAUCUGUACGCUUCAGUGUGCUAUUUGUUGCCAUAUGCUGGAUGACGGCCAUUGCUGCCGUUCCAUUGGAAGAAGAAUUCCAUCAGCUACGAGAAAAUUACAUUCAAUUAAAUAGAAUUGUGAAGAGACUGGAGAAGAACAAUGCCCUAUUUUUAGCCAAAAAUACUGACCUGGCAGAAAAAAUAACGCAGCUGGAAGCCCAACAACAAGGCCGUAAUGACGAAAAACAAGAUUUAUUAUCAAAAUUCAACGUCUUGGAAUCUAGAAUCCAACAGCUAGAAACAGUUUUCGUUAGCAUGUUUCCUCGACAGAAAGAAACAGCCUCAAGACACCAAACAUCUGUUGAAAAUAGUUUUGAAAGUCCACCUAAAUCAGUUGGAAUGGCAAGAACGUGCGCAGAACUUCAUGCAGCUGAUCCAUCUCUUCCUUCUGGAUUACACUUGAUCGACCCUGAUGGCCAAGGUGUUGGUGAUAAUCCGAUCAACGUAUAUUGCAAUAUGACCACAGGUACGACAGCAAUUCCUCACGACUGCGAAUCGCCGUUGGAUGUGGGUCAUUGCGCUGAUCCUGGAUGCUACUCAAGACCAGUUAACUACUAUGCAAGCAGCAGGCAAAUGAAAGCUUUGGUUGAUUUGUCAACUGAAUGCCAUCAGGCGAUCAAGUAUGACUGCUACUAUGCACCUUUCGAGUUUAAUACCAUUCCGUACGCCUGGUGGAACGAUAGGUAUGGAAAUGCAAAGUAUUUCUGGUCCGGUGGCAAUACGGAAGCUCACAUCUGUCAAUGCGGAAUCGAUGGAAAUUGUGUCGAUGCCACUGUUAAAUGCAAUUGUGACGCAACAGUACCGCUGCAACUAGUCGAUAGUGGCGUCAUCAACGAUAUGGACAUUCUGCCCAUUACUCGCUUGAAUUUCGGAAGAACGCAACUGGAAACAUCUUCCGGAGUUCACACACUAGGCCGUUUCGAAUGCUCUGGGCAAGUGGCGAUCACUGGAAUGCCGACCUCAUGCAAAGAUCUUUGGCGCAUCGGCCAUACCCUGAAUGGAAUCUACAACGUAAAGGGAUCUUCAAUGGUGGAAUCUGUUUACUGUGACUUUUCGAUAUUCCCUGACGAUGCAGGUUUCCAGCGUUGGAUAGGCUACGCCGAUUUAAAAUCAGCGUCCAUCUAUUUCUACGUUACCAAAAACUCUUCCUUUGCAACAUUGAAUACUCCCAUCGCUUUUGAAAUAGCAAGAAUCAAUGAAGGAAAUGCCAUGGAUCUAGAAACAGGAAUAUUCACGUCACCUCGGACAGGAAUUUAUUCCUUUUCGUUCACGGGGCACAUAUUUUAUCCAGCAACGUUGACUUAUACCUAUUUUGGAGUUGGCCUUUACUUGAACGGAAACUUUGUUGGAUCAGGUUGGACUGAUGUGGUGAAUAUUCCUACCGAUUUUCAGCUAAGGCCGGUGGGCUUCCAGGCAACGCUUCAUAUGAAAGCAGGCGACCAAGUGUGGGUGAAGAUUGAAAAUCAUUCGCCGGGAGUGUAUCUAAUCGAUGAUACUCGUCACUACACUCAUUUUACCGGUUCGUUGGUGGAAGAAGACAUUUUCGUGGUGAAUCGAAACGUGGAAUAAAACGUUACAAAUUAAUCAGAUUAUCUAAAACAAUUGC